AUGGACCUAUUAGAUGCAAUUGAAAAGCUCGAGCAGCCCGCGAAGACUAUUUCUGAGCGUAACGCAGACUUUCUGGAACAUCAAGUAUUGAUUCUUCAGCAGCAACUACGUGAUUACUGGCAUCGAAAGUAUGGUGAUGAUGUAACAAUUCCCCGUAUCUCAUUUUAUUGGGUCCUUUCGAAACUAUUGCGACUUAUUGAAGAGUAUCCGGAUGGUCUCACUGAGGCAAUCAUUGUCACUGAACUGACCAAAUUGUUUGAGCGAAAGGUAGUUGGAGAUACACAGCAACCAGCUGGGACAUUCACAAAGAAGAGAAAGAUUCGAGAUGAGGAAGAUAUGGGUAAUUUACUUACAGAUGGAGAACAAAAGGCUCUGCAGGCUCAAGUAAUAAGCUACGGAGACCAUCGAGUGACUUUAGCACUGGACUAUGCUACUGAUGUGAUUGCUCAUAUGUAUUUGCACCAACGCUUUCGGUCGUGUAUCAAUUUUUUGAAUCGUGAAUUAAAGUAUGAACCUACGAGGAAAACAUAUCCUUUUCAGGAUGCACGUAAAGUUACAUUCACCCAUGGAAAGGUUCUGGAAAGGAAGGAUGUCGAGAUGGCAAGGGGUGAGUAUGAUGGCAACCAAGUCAAGUUUACCCUCUUACCAACUCCAUAUCUCAUUGUUCAACUAAAUGAAAAAAAUCCAUUGGAUCGAAGAUUAUUGGCUGACUCAAUGAGUCUGAAUCAAGUAGAUCAGUUGAUCUGCAAAGCGCACGAUUGUUUAGGAAUACAGCAAUUGAUGCUCAAAGUGAAAGUACUAGAUAUUGGUGCCGUUCGUCCAUGUCAGACACCACUGUACGUACACCGUCAGGUCAUUUUAUUCGGUGAAGUAGAUCAAUUGUCGAUCGGAGUGAGAUCAAACAUGGAUUCAAAAACGCAAGGGUUACACUUGAUGGUGUUAUGGGACGAUCAAGUCGAUCUUAGUCGUUUGUUUAAUAUUGGGGAUACACUAGCGAUCUUUCAUCCUUUUGUACACGUUUGUGACCAACACGAUACGGAGAUUCAGUACAUUUUGACUGACUAUUCGUCACAACAACAUCUUAAUUACUACUUGGAAUACGGCAGUGCCACCGUUUUAUUCACAUCACCCUGUCAAGUUGAUGCGAAUGAAGCUCUUACCGAAAUGACAAUCAUUAAUGCAAGUCAUUGUGAGGCUGAGCAACCUUUGUCGCGAUUGGAAGAGAUUCGACCAGGAUGGCGCAAUUUCUCGCUCUAUGCACAUGUGAGACGUGUUAUGGUCUCACACGGCAUUCCACUACUCGCAGCGUUCUUUUACGCAUAUUAUGAUCCCAAGACGAACCAGUCGAGUUCAACAAUGCAAGUUCUCGACCACUCGAUCGUAUCAAAGUACCAUUUGGUUGUCAUGUUACAAGUCUACACCGCUUCAUCUUCAAAACACAUGCUCUCGAUCGAAUUGACGGGUGAUACUGCAAUCAACGCUUUACGACUUUUACCAGGACAAAGCGUGUUCUUAGACGGACUUGUUGCGAUUGAUAUCAAGUCGGAAUCAGUGAUGCGAUUUCGUCAUUAUCAGUCUCUCGCUUCUACGUCGGCUGCAUCAAGUGGCACAGAAGAUUAUGCAUUUACAACAAACGCGUACACUUCAACCUCGUCUUCCAGUGUCGUUGUGCUGGGUUCAGAAUGGGAAAAUAUAUUUGGAAAACAAUCUUUUCUUAACAAUAGCUCCAAAUUAACAAUUGUCAAUACCACGCCAGGACUUCUGAACACGUUAUUGAAACAAUCAACAGUUCUGUUCAAUGCUUCAACACCUCCUUUGAUGAUCGCCGAAAUGACGGUAACAUCCAUCGGUUGGCUGGUUUCUAGCAGAAAUUCAAAAGAUGUGAAAUGGACGAUUGAUACAAGUUGUGAAAAGGGACAAGCGACAAUGUAUAGCCAUAAAUCGUGCUCUCGACCAUUGGAGAUGACGACAAACUAUCAAAACACUUCAAAAUCAAUAAAGUGGAACUGUUCGUUUUGUCAAGAAGUUUUCUAUGGAUCAAAACAGAUGCAGCACACGUUUCGUGAGCUGGUAGUAUCUCUCGAGAAUGGACGAUCACAAAUGUUUCCCAUAAUCGCAUUGUGUCGAGGAGAUACAAUUGAAAAUCUGCUUGGUCUUUCGUCAAGUGAUUAUGUACAACUUUCUUUAGAACAAAAGCGUUGGACGCUCAAACGUGUAGUAGGCCAGACAUUUCGACUCGUGUUGUCUCGAUGUGAAUCACGUUACGUUACGAUCUCCUUGUCAUCAUAUUCAACAGAUUCUCAUCCUAUUGAAUCUUCUCAAUGGAUUGAUAUACGAAUGGAUAUGGUCAAGCCUACGAAUGCCUUUGCAGCAGCUCGUCGCUUGCUCUCAGAGCUGAAAACGUAA